AGCGCCAGAGACGUGAGCCCACCAUGCAGCGAAUUGUUCUGAUCCUGUGCGUCGCAGCGGUGGCGCUGGCGGCCCCCGCCGCCCAGUACCGGGGCACCAGCGCGCGGAGACGCAGCCGCUACCAGAGUAUCGCCUCUCGGGGCACCACCACCCCGUCGUACAGCCCGCAGGAGGCGGUCACCACGACUGCAGCUCCGCCCGCCUCUGAGAGCACCACUCGGCAGUACGAGCAGCCCGCGCAGCCCUCCCCGACUCCCUCCUCGGACGUUAGAACGUACCGACAGCGGGCGCAGCCGGCUCCCGCGGCGGCAGCAGCGUCCAACAGGGCCAGCCAGAGGUACAGCGGCGGCACGGCGCAGCGGUACAACAGUGCUGCAAACCAGCAGUACAGCAACGCCGCACCCCAGCAAUACAGCAGCAGCGGAACCCAGCAAUACAGCAGCGGAACGAACCGGCAGUACAGCAGCAGCGGAACCCAGCAGUACAGCAGCAGCGGAACCCAGCAGUACAGUGGGAGCGGAACCCAGCAGUACAGCGGGAGCGGAGUGAACCAGCAGCGUAACCCACCCGUACCCAUCGUGCGCUACCAGAACGCACCGACUGGGGACGGCGGCAACCAGCACGCCUACGAGACGGGGAACGGUAUCCAACGCGAGGAGGGCGUCUUCAUCAAGGAGCUGACCGUGACUGGCGAGGACGGCAAGCAGAAGACGGUCCGGGUGCCCGUCUACCGGGGCUCGUUCAAGUACCAGCAGCCGGACGGCACCUUCAUCGAGGUGCAGUACGAGGCCGACGAGACGGGCUUCCACGCCGUGGGCGACUCGAUCCCGCAGGCACUGCAGUAGACGCCUGCCGUGAACGAUCCUCCGGGGGCUGCAGUGGGGGCGUGGGGUGAGGGGCGUGCAGCGGCCGCAGGAGGAGUCUGCUUCAGUGAGCUGGAGGUGAGGUCGGUCCGAGGUGAGGUCAAGGUGGGAAGUGGUUGAAGAGCGGUGGCUUAUGUCGGCUUGUUGAUAACGAUGGUGAGAGUGAAGUCCUGCGCCCCAGACCUGUCAAACUGCCCUAAGAUUGCAGUAUGCAUGUUGAUGUUUGUAGCGACGUGUAAAAUGGCUAAUGAGAUAGAGAUGGGAGAGCGAUAGAGGCGAGAAAAACACGCACGACAAUCGUUGUACUGGAUCUCCGAGGAAGACAACGUCUUUCUCUGACGAUUCCAAAAGAUCGUCAUUGCUUAGAACAGUUUGAUUUUUCGGGUAGUUCAUAUAGGCAAAGGGUUGUCCGUAACAUUGUUUUGAGGGUUCGCGCACCAUCGCAUUGUUAUGGUGGAUGAUCGGGGCUAACCGAUCACAAACGCAUACUAAUUAUCUUCGCUUAGUUAGUUGCAUGAUUGCCGUGAAAUGCAUGUCAGAAUUGUGCAAAUAUACAUGAAUUAAAUCACA